AUAAACCCCAUCUGAUAACACUUUUACCAUUUAUCAAUUUCCUUAUAAAGAAAAACAAAAUUAACAAGGAAUUAUUUAUUUUUAUCUUAUUUUUUACUAGCCCUCAACAAAUCAAGAAAAAAGAGAAUGGCUGAAGAUCCACAAGACGUGUUGGACCGCGAGCGAAUUUUCAAGCGCUGCGACACAAACGGCGACGGGAAAGUCUCUGCCGCGGAGCUCGGAGACGCACUGAAGGCGUUGGGCUCCGUCACUGCGGAGGAAGUUACGCGCAUGAUGAACGAGCUCGACACAGAUGGAGAUGGCCAUGUUUCGUUCGAGGAGUUCACGCAGUUCGCCAGGGCCAAUAGGGGAUUGAUUAAGGAUGUGGCCAAGAUAUUCUAGGGUUAUUUUCCGUAUAUUUUUUAUUAUUUAUUUAUUAUUACUAUAAGUAGGUAGGUUUUGUUAUAUGUUGCAGCUGGUGAAUUUUAUCGUGUGUUUUAUGUUUAAUUACAUGUGUAAAACUGGUUGAAUACAGAAUAACUGGAGACAAGAAUUUGUAGUUACCUGAAAUCAAAGAGAUUCCCUUUUUUUUUCUUCAGCA